AUGCGAGAUGUUCUUCUCAUGAUGCUUCGUGCUGCAGUUUGUGACGAAAUUGCAACGGGAGAUCCGUUGCAUCAAUAUCUGGAAACUAUGGAUGGUUGCGUUGCAUACAAUUCCUAUCCGGACAAAAUCACCGCCAGCGAACGAAUGGCAAACCUCCUGGCGUUAGGAAAAGCUCAUAAAGUCAAUAAUGCAGUUCCUAUAGUUCGGUACUACAGAAGUAUGAUUGAGGUCCAUCGAACAGCGCUUUCGUGUUUGAAAAACCAUGAUUUGCAGAGAGCACUCAUCCUCUUGAUUCGUUUUUGUAGUUUCACGAUAGAGGAACUACCGAAACAUGCACAGUACACUCAUUUUAAUGGAGAGGAAAAGAGGAUGGUCUUAAGCUUGCUGAAAUCCGCAUUUGAUCAUGCAGAAAAAGUCAAAAAACAGUUGCGACUCCAGUUCGAAGAGGAGGAAAGAAAAGCUCCAAAUGCCACCCUUCAUGACACACAAGAGCCGAGAACGGAUACGGCAUCGAACAACUCAAAGCUUCCUUCUACGUCACAACUUGAAAGCCCCUCUAUGCUUAUAAAUGACCCCGGUAUUAAUGCAGGCAAUAUUUCCUACUCAUUCAACGAUGUGUCCAACAUCCCAAGUUCAAAGGCUACUACUUAUCCUUCACCAUCUGCUCCGACUGUCGAUAGAAGUGACAAACCAAGCGCACUAGUGUACCGUGAUCAUGACUCGGUGUCUUUCAUUCGUAACAGAACUGUACGAAUUGCAGGUGAUUUGAUUGAGAAGUUCUUGGCUUGCGCACGUAAAAAUACAGUUAACAAUGUUGAAACGUGUGGUACACUUUGUGGAUCUAUUGUGGGAAAUGACUUUGUUGUUUCUCAUCUAGUACUUCCGAAACAAACGGGAGCUUCGGACGGUUGUCAGGCCGAAGGAGAAGAGGACGUGUUUGCGUAUCAGAACAAAUACGACUUAAUAACGCUUGGCUGGAUCCAUACACAUCCAACUCAAACAGCUUUUCUCUCUUCUGUUGAUCUUCACACUCACUUUGCUUAUCAGAUGAUGUUGAAUGAAGCAAUAGCCAUUGUUUGUGCUCCAUCUCACAACCAAGUGGGCACAUUCGUGCUAACAUCAUACGGUAUGAGUAUUGUGGAGUCGUGCACAGAAACAGGAUUCCAUCUUCAUUCUGAAGCUGAGAAAUUAUUUUUGGAGGCUGGUCAUGUCAUGUCGCCGAGGUCCGAUGUAGUGUGGUCGUCCUGUGGAUCCUAUUAUCCUGUGGAUUUUAUUGAUGGACUUGCUAUGGUAGCCACACGAAGGAGCUCUAGAAUAACGGAUAAUGAAAAAGAAAAGGAAAAAGUUGCUUCUAAGAGGAGUACCAGCGUGAAGAAGAAAAAUUCGAGGAAAUCAGCGGUAGCUAAAACAUCCCCGUCUCCUUGCAAAGUUGAAAAGCAACGAGGUACGAAGCAGAGUGGGUCUCUACCAGUUCAAAACGACACGGAGGCUACGCAAAAACAGAAACGAGCACCACAUCGCAGCCUAUCGAAAGGUUCAACUAAUAGUGAUUUACCUAUUCGGAAAAAACCGAAAGGACCACAAAAACAGCAAGUAUCGUCGAAGGAAGAAGAAGUGGACUUGCAAAGUGAUCUUGUCGGUAAAAUUGCCGAGGCUGCUAAUGAUACUGCGAUAAAGAACUCAUCUUCUGACCUUAAACCAAAAGAAGAGGAAUCUGAUCAAUGGGAACAUUUUGGGAACACUAGUGAUGAGGAUGCCGUUGCUAAAAGUCCUGUUCCUCCAAAAAAGACAAAAAAGCAAGGAAAAAAGAAAAAAGCAAGUGGAAUGAAACCCACAUCGGAUGAGGAAGGGAUUGUUAUGCGUCGUAGUAAACGGGACAUCGUUCGCAAGGAUUAUGCCUCGAAGAAAACAAAUGACGACAUUUCACCUAGUUCGUCGUCUGCAGAUGACAGUAAUAGCGGAAGUGUACCUGAUGCCGCGAAGUCAGAGUCUGAAAGUGAGACCGAUUCUGAAGAGAAAGGAUCUGAUUCCUAUGACAGCGAUGAGAGCUUCGAUUUUGUGCCACCGAAACGAAAAAGGGAUUCUCAGAGCGGGAAAAAGCGCGGCGGAGCUGAACAGUCAGGCAAACGCAGGAAUACAAAUCAAUCUGGCUCCACCGGAUCUCGUAGCUCUAAUGAAAAAUCAAGAAAUUCGUCAAAAACUUCGACAAGUCUUCCACGUUCCUACGUCAACAAACCUGCGAAACCAUGGCAGAGAACGAGCGAAGGCGUAAUCGAGGGCGAUGUUGUUGUGCCGCCGAGAGCACUUCGAAAAGGAGAGAAGAAAAUGCUGAAAUUCCGAAUCAUAGCUGCAUCUCUAGCUAUUGGAAGGAAUUAUGAGAUGACCUUGGAAGAAGGUAGUAAAAUUGUGGAGGAGAUGAAAGCUCAGAGCGUGGCGCAUCAAGCAGCCAUAUCUUCUGCUCUGGACAUUCAACAAGAUAAAGCAAAUGAUAAUGAUUCCUCAUCAGAAGACGAGUGGGAGGACAUGGAACCCGUAGACUUGAAUGAAUCUAAUGCAAAGGGAGUCGAAGUGACUUUGAAAAGGGAAGAAGAAAAGGAUUGGUGGGCGAUCUAUUUGCGUCAGGAAGUCAACAAAUGUGUCCGUGAAAAUUGGGAGAAUGCACAUAAGGUUAACAUCCUUUGCUACAUCGCUCAUCUGCAAUUCUUAAGGAAGAUCAUGCUCGAAGAGAAUCUCAUUCCAUCCUUGAUGUUAAGCAUAAUUCCAAGCGGAUACCGUAGUUUAGUUGGCGAGUCACUGAACGUUGAGAAUAUUCGAAGAAUAGCUAAAUGGUACCACAAUACGUUCAAGCCAUCUGGUGGUCUAGUAAAAUACGAAGUAGGGACUUGUGGAUUCGAUGCAACCGCCCGCUUAUCCGAAAUGGUCUCCCAGCAAGUUUUCGAAAAUGAUGCUGACAGAGCUGCUCUUCUCUUCGCGAUAUUCGUAGCGAUGGAAUGCACAACCCGUAUUUGUCUCAACACGCAGCCAAUUCCUCGGAAGUGGGAUGAGGAUGUGAUAAACAGUAUUAAGAACGGUAAAGAUGCCAAGUUAUCACAUUCGCAGCCUAAGUCAAGAAAACAAAAGUGUAAGGAACAGAGCAGAAAAGAUAGCUCAGGUCAUUCUGGAUAUCUAGGAUCGGUACGCGAUUACUGGAUUGAAUACUGGGACAAAAAACAGAAGAGAUGGAUCUGUGUGGAUCCACUGCAUGGAACUGUUGAUGAACCUAAUUCUAUAGAGGAUAAUCUCACGAAGCCUGUCACCUAUGUGUUUGCAAUAGAUAACGAAGGUGGAGUGAGAGAGAUAACUGCUCGCUAUGCUUCGGAAUUCUUGCGUCCUGAUUUCCGUCGGUUACGAACAGAUCAAAAAUGGAUUGCUGACACUUUGAAAGCAAAGUUUAUUCGCGCGAACCGGGAAAGAGGCGAACUAGAGGAUCUUCACAUGCGGCAAGAGCUUGUGAACAAACCAUUGCCAACCACACUAUCCGAGUACAAGAAUCAUCCCUUGUACGUUCUAGAGAAGGAUUUGCUGAAAUUCGAGGGUAUUUACCCGAAACCAGAAUGCCAGAAGCCGUUAGGUGAAGUUCGUGGACACAAGGUCUAUCCCAGAUCUACUGUUUAUACUCUUCAAAGUGCAUUGAAUUGGAUCAAAAUGGCAAGGAGCGUUAAGGAAGGAGAAAAGGCAUACAAAGUGGUGAAAGCUCGCUCCAAUCCGCGUAUUCCUGCCGAACAGCGUGAACAAAGAUACUUGGACGUUUUCGGAUUUUGGCAGACGGAACCAUUUCGACCACCAAAAGUUGAAAAUGGGCGGAUUCCGCGCAACGAAUUCGGGAACGUUUAUAUGUAUCAGCCAACUAUGUGUCCUAUCGGAGCUGUACAUCUACGGUUACCUGGGCUUCCUUCCAUAGCGCGACGGCUGGGAGGACUUGAAUGCGUUCCAGCUGUUGUUGGAUGGGAAUUCAAUUCCUGUUCAAACUUUCCGAUAAUUGAGGGCGCUUGCGUUCUUGAGAAAGAUGCUCAACUCUUCAUUGACGAGUGGAAAAAGCUUGAAGCUACAAGAGAAGAGAGAGAGAAUAAGAAGCGAGAGGAUCGUGUGUUAGGAAACUGGCGAAAACUCAUUCGUGGCAUCCUUCGCCUGCACUACGUCAAAUCAAAAUUCGGUGCUACUAAAGAGAAGGCUCGGACCAAGAAGAAAAAAGAAAAAGUGGAGAAAUUGGAAGAGAAUGACUCGGUUAUCGACAAAACUAUUAUGGCACCACGACAGACUCCUGUCAUCUUCUAUUUUAAGCCUGGCUUGCUGAAGCAGUUAAGAUCAGGAAUAUUUGAUGUCUUCCGUUCCCCGUUGGUGGCCGUAUCGUAUAUCCAUAGAAGAGGCGUUCAAGAAAGGUGCUGUAGCUGUCGCAGGAGUUAUUGUGGGAAUACAAACAAGAGCUUGAUCAAGGUAAAAUUGAGCUGCUGCGCAAGUACAAAGCGCUCAAUGAUGAACGGCUCGCAAAAGCCAAGGCUCAAGACAAACUCUGAUAGUUCCCAGAGCUCACUAUCGAACGACAACAAUCAAGACCACUAUGGGGUCGGCUCAGAAACGAAGUCUUCACUCUUCAAGAAAAUGUUUAAGAAGUAUAAAAGACGAAAUCCUGCUCCCGACCUAAGCAAAGUUGUCGAUCCUCGUAGUGGUGAAAACUGUGACAUUCUACGGUUUCAAAAGUUUGAUAUUGCUGAUGUUAGUACAAAUGAACUGCAGCAAGUGGGGCUGAAAUCGCUCACCGAAUGGAGUCUUGUCACGCUUUCUGGUAGACCUGGGCUUUACAUCAUUCCCAACGCACUGAGGGAGGAUGCUGUAGAGCUGUGGUUACAACGCACUUUUAAGUAUGCUGAGCCACCCAACAUUACGAACCUUACGGCUCAUGGAACAAGCCCUCAAAGCGAUGUUCUCAAGAAUGCUGGGAAAUCCUUGAGAUGGACUACUUUGGGAGUUCACUAUAAUUGGGACACGAAGGAGUAUCCUCUCAGUGGUGAUCCUCUACCGUCGGAGCUUGUUCAGUUUGCUGAUGUUGUCACGAGGGCUUUACGACUCGGUCCUAUGUAUGCUGAUGCAACAAUUGUGAACUACUACCCACCGAAAUCAACAUUAUCUCCUCAUGUUGAUAGAUCUGAGCGGAUCGGUGCUCCACUGGUUUCAUUGUCUCUCGGUCAAUCAGCCGUCUAUUUAACCGGUGGCGAGUCGCUCGACGAUGAUGUUGUUCCUCUAUGGCUCCAUUCUGGGGACGUUCUCGUGAUGCAUGGUGCUCAGCGACUCGUUUAUCAUGCGGUGGCUGCUAUCCACAAGACGUGUGCUUUUGAGUUUGAUGAUCCUUACCUGAAAGAAUUUGCAAAUACUAGUCGCGUCAAUAUCACUAUUAGACAGGUGAAUCCGGUGGAAAAUAGUAAUGUGGACGGAAACAAAUAA